AUGUGUAAUGAAAAAUAUGCUAGGGUCUUUGCCUCAAGGCAAGGCGCCAGGUCUUCACCUAGAUUUGGUGAGAAGUAUGUCAAGGUCCAAACACGCAGAUGGGCGAGCGUGGCAGGAAAGUACAACCCAGGGGUUAAGGAUACGAUUGGGAAGCUGGAACAUAGGAACCUUAACGGGAAAGUAAGUGGGCUGGAGAAAAGGCCAAGGAAGUGGAUGGAACUGGUUUCAAGGUAUGGUACACAGUGCUGGUUCAAGACGAGCAAAUCCUUCUCCAUGGCUUCAAUUACGAAAAGGCUAGAAGGUAAAGUGGCAAUAAUCACAGGAGGUGCUAGCGGCAUUGGAGCCGCUACUGCUAAACUAUUUGUUCAACACGGUGCUAAUGUAAUUAUUGCUGACGUUCAAGACCAGUUAGGCAUGUCCCUUUGCAAAAGUCUUGGCACAAAUGCCACCAUUCUCUACGUUCAUUGCGAUGUAACUUGUGAUUCAGAUGUCGAAAACGUGGUUGAUAUGGCAGUGUCCAAGUACGGUAAGCUUGAUAUAAUGUACAACAACGCUGGCAUAACCGGCGACUCGAAUCACUUACCAAUAUUGGCUUCUACUAAUGAAGACUUCAAAAGGGUUUUCGAAGUUAACGUUUAUGGAGCUUUCUUGGGUGCCAAAUAUGCUGCUAGGUUCAUGAUCCCAGCAAAGAGUGGGGUCAUUCUUUUUACUUCAAGUGUUGCUUCAGUAAUUGGUGGCGAGACAACACAUGCUUAUUCUAUGUCAAAGCACGCAGUAGUGGGGCUUAUGAAGAAUUUGUGCGUAGAACUUGGGCAGUAUGGGAUUAGAGUCAAUAGCAUCUCCCCUGGAGGCAUUGCUACCCCAAUGCUAUACAAUGCACUGAAGAUGAACAAGAAUGAGGCAGAGGAAUUUCUAUACUCAGCUUCAGUGUUAAAAGAGGCAAUUCUUGAGGUUGAGGACAUAGCUGAGGCAGCACUUUAUUUGAGCAGUGAUGAGUCAAAGUUCGUGAGUGGAGUCAACCUUGUAUUGGACGGGGGUUAUAGCACGACUAAUGGGUCAUUCACUUCUGCACUGAGAGGUCUAAUGAACCAAACUACCAACCACAUACAGUAA